AUGCUUCAAUACAAGAGUAAUAGAGGAUUGAAGGAAUUGAAAGGAGCUCCAUGUCUCCCCAUCUCACCGUGUGAGUUCCUCCUUCCCACCCAGAACCCAGUGCAGGAGUGGGGUGAGGAGUUUGAGGAGGGGGCGUUGUAUGGGAUCACCUUGCGUCGGGAGCCCGUCCAGAUACCAGCCAGCCCCACCGAAGCCCGGCCAUGCGUUGCCUUCGUCCAGUACCGGACCUGCAAGGUGCGCAGGCUGAAGGCAGCCACCCUGAACCGGCUGGUGAGCCACCUCCUGGACCCCUGCUGCCAGGAGCCCGACUACAGACGGAUCUUCCUGUCCACCUACCAGACCUUCACCACUACCAGUGCACUCAUAGAGCUGCUCUUCCAGAGGUGGGCCAUGUCAUUAAGUUACAGUACUCAUAACUGCUGUUACGUUUUACCUGACCAUUGUCUCAGACCAUAAUGCAGAAGCUAUUUCACUGUUAAAAUUAGACAGUAUUAAAUUAUGUGAGCAGGUUGUUUGACCUCUAUAGUUUGAAAACACCUUGACAUUCUAGUUUUACUGCUUAUUAAAACCCAUCUUCUACCAAGUUAAUGUUUGGUGAAAUGGCCUAAAAAUGUCCAUCUCCCUCUCUCUUCUUUUGCCUUCUUGUCUUCACCCACCUUUUUGCGAACACAACUCUUUUGACACAUUCCGAGUAAUCACAGUAACAAAUAAGAUUAGCCAAAUUGGAUUCAGAAUGUUAUGUUGGACACAUAUGAGCGGGGACAUCGAGUGGCCGUUUUUGAACAACACCUCUCGCUGUGCAUGCAAAGUCACUUAGUUUCGUCAGACUGUUUUUUUUUCUUUCUUAUUUCCCUGACAAAAUGAUUAUCUCAGCAUCUUUGAUUUAAUGAUAAGCACCCAGCCGGUAGUUAGCCAUUACAGGUUUUACAACAAUAACAAUAAUUCACUGAGUUUGGAGUGAGGUCAGGAUAACAACAGAGCAUAGAGACAGACCAAAGAAAAACAGUCUGAAGAAGAAUGUGACCAACAGGACAGUGGUCCAAUCACAGUUUAGAUGACUCUGACACUGUCUUCCUAAUUGCUCUCACAGGGACAAAGUAGCUUUAGAUGUGGACAACAGUGAAUGUCACAGGAGGUGAGCUGGCUGCUUUUCCCUUGAUCACAUUUAUUUCUGUGAAUCUGGAAUAGGGAAGACAUUGUUUCAUCACAUGUUGUUGUCUCCUCAGGCGUCUGUUGCCCCUGAUCCAGACUUGGUUGGAGGAGUACAGUGACGACUUCCGGGAUCCUCCUCAGCACCCCUCCCUAAGGCUGCUGUUGGACCACCUUCACUGCCUGUCCUCCUUCUGUUCACUGGCCCAGCACUCUGAAACUCUGCUUAAGAAGUUCCAGAGAGAAGGUACAGGAUUAUCUCAAUUCACUUGUUUUUCCUAACCUUUUCUGUGAAUUGCCUUUGAAUAUUAUACCAUUGUUGACCCCCUUCUGUCAUUCCUCUCUCCUUCAAUAGAAAUGGAUACUGGUGGCCAUUCUGCCCAGGCUAAGGUGAAUCAGGAAGACGAGGGCUCAGGGGAGGAAGUCCCAGAAUGGGACAGCCCACUGGAUCAGGGUGACAUCAUGGACUUCUCAGUCACAGGCAUUGCAGAACAGCUCACCCGACUGGAUGCUGUAAGUGUCAAUCAUGGCAGAUAACUUCUGGCUCUUAAUAUGCGUCCUCAGGAGUGGAUCACUAACAAUCUUCUUCCAUUUUACCUUCCUUAUCUGUGUGUCUCAGGGGCUGUUUGGGAAGGUGGUUCCCUACCAGUGUCUGGGCUGUGUGUGGUCCCAGAGAGACAAGAAGGAGAACCUGUCUGCCACAGUCAGCGCCACCAUCGCCCAGUUUAACGCAGUCACCAACCGGGUCAUCACCUCCCUGCUCUGCCGAUCCACCACCUCCAGCCCCCCUUCCGUCCGCAGGGCCUCCAGCCCAGCUCAGAGGGCCUGCGUCAUUGAGAAGUGGAUCAGAGUAGGACAGGUCAGACACAUCUAGUAACGUGGACCAUUGAUGGAUACAUUUUCAAAUCCAAGUGCAGCCUGACACAUCGAAACGUUAACCUGUAUCCUGGUUCUCAGCGCAUUCAGUUGUAAGUAGUAAGUCCCUAUUCAGUCUCUAACUUGUGACUGUUUUCUGAAACAGGAGUGUCGGCAGCUGAAGAAUUUCUCCUCUUUGAGGGCCAUCCUGUCUGCCCUUCAGUCCAAUGCUGUCUACAGGCUGAGGAAGACUUGGGCUGCUGUGUGUAGGUACGGACUGUACGGUCACACUGGAAGGGUUUGCUGAGUCAUGAAGCUAGAGGGCCAAUAACAUUGACUGAAUAUGGCAAAAAAAUAAACAAUGGUGUCCUUAUCCUCUCUGCGAAUUUAAGGCUCAGUAAGGAAAUGAUUUACACCUAAUUGACCUACAUUAUUAAACCAACCUUAGUUUGUAAUUCAUGCCAUAACUAUGCAAUAAAAAAUAUGUCUUGUGUCAAUGUCAAGAAUAGAUGAACAAUAGUUUUAGGUCAACAUGCCAUGCCUUACCAACUCUAAAUCCCUUUAUUGAUUCAACGUUGCUAGUGGUGUCUUGUCUGAGUGUUAUUUUUGGAUUGAUUCAAUUGGUUUGUUCUUCUUCAGGGACAGCAUGGCCAUCUUUGAUAACCUCUGUGAAACCUUCCCAGAUGAGAACUGUGUGUUGAGCAACAGAGAGAUCCUUGUGGAGGUAAGAAUCCAAUAAAUUAAGGAAAAUGAUUUAACUGAAUGUUUUACUUGAGGCUCCGUGCAAAUGUAUGCUUUCUUUCUACAACCAUAAUGCAGACGAUAUGACACUGUUGAAAUAAUGACAAUAUGGAGUGUUUAUUGUUUACAGAGAUGUUGAUCUCUACUUACAUCUUCAAGCACCUUGAUAUUCUACUUUUACGACUUAUUAAAACCCAUCUGCUUUCUGUCAAGUUAAUGUUUAGUGAAAUUGCCUAACGGUGUGUUAAUAGCAGGCCAUUGUCCCAAAGCAAAAGAGAGGGUGUUCUGUUUUUCUGUCAGCUCUGGGUGUUUGUGUCAAAUCUUCAUUAGGUCUGGUUACAGUGAGAGGGCUCUAAAGUAAUAUUCUACAUAUUGCUCCGAAUGUAACAACAAGCUGAUAUUAGCAUCUCCGUCAACAAACACUACACUAAUGACCUUUAUUUCAUUUUACUGUGUGGGUCCACCCCUUUUGUUACUUAGCACAAAACUGCUUUAGUUCACAUCUUGACAUUUCCAACUGGUCAUGUUGACAUGGAUUUUAAAAGCUCGAUAUUGUUUACGUAUUGAGAUACAUUUAUCUAUUCUAAGAACAACCAAUGUGGUGUUGACCCCAUAAGCUGGUAAAGGCAGUUCUGACCUAGACCAGAUUUGACUGACUCUUUGCAUAUGCUGUAGGUAAUUACAGAUGGGUAGACAGGUUGACAAUGGAAGGCCAUAAAUGCAGACUGAAUUUAGCUUAUAUUUGACCCCUGUUCAGGAUGGAAGCCAACCAGCCAUGGAUAACAUUUCUCCCAAGAUAUCCAAGAAUUGUCCUAUUGCCAGACAGAUGGUAAGCAAUACUUCAGCGAGAGAUUGAGUAAGAGCAUUGCAGACAUGAUAUGUAGACAUUUUAUUAGCUUUCACUUCUUUCCAUGCAACAUUAAAUGGACAGAAAUGAUAGCAGAAUUAGGUGUAUCUGAAAGUAAAACAAACAGGUUUAUUAUAAGCUGUUACCAUGGGGGGAUAGAAAGGGAAGGAAGGAUCCUAGUAUUGUCUACUCAGUAUUUUGCGGUGGCAGUUUCUGCUUCUUGAGAAGUCACAUGUAGCCCCCUUUCCACAUCAGCUCUUAACCCACAAGAGGUUACAGUGAUUCCCCUAGAGGAAAAACAUAUUAAAAUACAGAGAGAGUCGUGUGGCAAGUUUCAAAUGGCCACAGAUUACUAGGCUAGCUUCAUAUGCACAUUCUCUAAAGCUGUGUUACUAGAAUCCUCUGACAUUCUCUGUUCUGUCUCCUGUUUCUGUACUGCUGUCUCAGAGCACCUCCAGUGGGGUGGUUCCUUACCUGGGCACGUACCUGACUAUCUUCACCAUGCUGGACACUGCUCUACCAGAUACUGUGGAGGUAAGCAAACAGCCAUUGACACAGACUGCUAUGUUAUGGCAGCUACUUUAGGUUAAUUCUAUAUUUACCUUAGCUGAUUGCUAUCUUAAUGUUGUUAAUAAAUCUUACAUAUUGUCAAGUUUUUACAUGUAUUCUAGCAUGUUGUGCUCUUUUUGACAGGGGGACCUCAUAAACUUUGAAAAGAGGAGGAGGGUAAGUUGUUUUUGUCUUCGAUCUCUAAGCCUGUAGGGAAUGGGAUUUUACGUAAAGAAAACAAAAUAUACAGUACAAGCGUGUCCAAUAAAUAUUGAACCGAUGUUAUAGGACAUUAAAUGCAUUGUAUUGCUGGUACACUCGCCACCACAUUUUAGUGGCACUUUGACAUGCCGAGGGGAAAAGUGCACACCUUUGUGCUUAGGGAUCUCUGCAUGUCUGGCAGACAUAUCAGUAUGGAUGACGGAUCACCACCUCAAGCUGAGCCCUGGCAAGACGGAGCUGCUCUUCCUCCCGGGGAAGGACUGCCCGUUCCAUGAUCUCGCCAUCACGGUUGACAACUCCGCUGUGUCCUCCUCCCAGAGUGCGAAGAGCCUAGGCGUGACCCUGGACAACACCCUGUCGUUCUCCGCCAACAUCAAGGCGGUGACCCGCUCCUGCAGGUUCAUGCUCUACAACAUUCGGAGAGUACGACCCUGCCUUACACAGGAAGCGGCACAGGUCCUAAUCCAGGCACUUGUCAUCUCCCGUCUGGACUACUGCAACUCGCUGUUGGCUGGCCUCCCUGCCUGUGCCAUUAAACCCCUACAACUCAUCCAGAAUGCCGCAGCCCGUCUGGUGUUCAACCUUCCCAAGUUCUCUCACGUCACCCCCCUCCUCCGCACACUCCACUGGCUUCCAGUUGAAGCUCGCAUCCGCUACAAGACCAUGGUGCUUGCCUAUGGAGCAGUGAGGGGAACGGCACCUCUGUAACUUCGGGCUCUGAUCAGUCCCUACACCCAAACGAGGGCAUUGCGUUCAUCCACCUCUGGCCUGCUGGCUCCCCUUCCUCUGCGGAAGCAUAGUUCCCGCUCAGCCCAGUCAAAACUGUUCGCUGCCCUGGCACCCCAAUGGUGGAACAAGCUCCCUCACGACGCCAGGACAGCGGAGUCUCUCACCACCUUCCGGAGGCAUUUGAAACCCCACCUCUUUAAGGAAUACCUGGGAUAGGAUAAAGUAAUCCUUCUACCCCCCCCCCCCCAAAAUUGUAAAGUGGUUAUCCCACUGGCUAUAGGGUGAACGCACCAAUUGGUGAGUCGCUCUGGAUAAGAGCGUCUGCUAAAUGACGUAAAUGUGCCCUUGAGCAAGGCACUUAACCCUAAUUGCUCCUGUAAGUCGCUCUGGAUAAGAGCGUCUGCUAAAUGACUAAAAUGUAAAUGUAAAUGGAUGUUUGCUUACUGCUCUAAAUGACUCUGCCUCUCAGAUAGUCUUUAUUGGAGCCCCAUGACUGUUAAACGUGUUGCUAGUUCAUAACAAGUUACAAAACAACCACACAGCUGACAUGGGUUCAUGAUCUCCCUCUCUCUCUCUGCAGGAGUUUGAGAUUCUCUCUCAGAUCCGGCAGCUCCAAGCCUCCUGCUCUCAAUACAACCUGCCCCAUCACACCAGGAUCACUGCCUGGUUACAGGGCCAGAAGCUGCUCACGGACCAGGAGAGGUGAGAACCUGUCCCCCACUGGUUUUAUGGUAGAGCAAUGAGGAGAUAAAGAGCUGGUGAGCUUUGUAAGGAUUGAUGGGACCUAAUCAUGUCUUAAAAUGAUGCCAGUAAACCCUUGUCCAUGGAGAUUUAUAGAACCUGAAUGGUCUCUUUCUAAUAUGCGGUAUACACAAAUGUACUACUCAAAUGACAUGUAAAACACAAUUCCCAUGAUCCCUACCCUGGUUUUGCCUGUUAAGGAAAUGAAUAGAACCCAUCUAGAGCUGGGGUUGACACAGGGCCGCAGAGUAUGCAGGCUUUUAAAUCAGAUGUGUUAGUGCAGGGCUGGAACAAAAGGCUGUAUACAUUUAGACAAGUCCACCCUGACUUCGGGGCUCAUAAGUGUUUUCUAUGUGUUGUGCCACAGCUAUGAACUGUCCAGAAACCUGGAACCUCCAGUAGACCUCUGCUCCGCCAGUGCCUGGAGCCACCGUUCCCUCAGCAAGAAACUCUCCUCGUGCGUACUGAACACUUCUCUUAACAGUUGCCAUCUUGUUAAUUCUACUCAAGACAAUAGUAUUCACCCCAUCUCUAAUAUAUAUAUAUAUAUAUAUAUAUAUAUAUAUAUAUAUAUAUAUAUAUAUAUAUAUAUAUAUAUACAACUAUUGUAACAUUGUUGUGAUUAAACAAGAACUAUAAAAGAACAAUGACAAAAUUCAGUAUUCAAGUGUACGUUGACCACAUUUGUUCAUUUUGUACAAAGUUCUAACUGUUUGUAUUUGCAGACUCCUGAAAGUGAGUGAGGGACCCAGCAGCAAAAGCCAUGCAGACCAGAUCAGUGUGUCGUCUUCAGGGUCCAGUGGCUCUGAGAUGGAGGACCUCUCCACCCCUCCCUCCACACUCAGACUGCAGGUACAGGGCUCUCCUUUCCCUUUUAGACAUACCUUGGACUCUGUCUCUCACUCUGUCAGUCAUUGCGCACCCUGGUUAAAGCCGUUUCAAAUGUUUUAAUAGAACACACUGUACUACAAAACAUCCUCUAGUUACACUUUACUAACACCAGUAGUUACACCAUGAAGCAAUUCAAAAGUAUGUCAUUAUGUAGCUUUUUAUAUAAUCUCCCAUUCAUAACAGUGAUCCCCAUUGACAGCCCAUAGAAACUGAUGUCCUUGAGAACUGGAAUGUCAAUUGACCAGAUCCUUGUUAAGCCAAGCAGGAGUGGUGUUUGCUUAGCACAUGCCUCUGGUGAAGCAAUACUUCAGUUGUCCACAAAUGUGCUGAGGUCAAUAUCUCAGACAGACAAACCGAAAGACUAAUUCAUUAUUCCCAAUGGCACUCAUGGAUGUUCUGUCUCUCUCCCUUGUCCCAGUCUCUGUCCAGCUCCUGUCAAAAUGUGGCGGAGGCCUUAACCUCCUCCCCGGAAGGCUCCACUCCCUCCAGUUGUCCCUCCAAUUGUUCCUCCAGUUCUCAGCCUGACCUCUCUGCUCCUGCUCCUGUGGCUGCCCACCCUAAACCCAUGCUGGCCUCUCAUCACAAGCGCUCUGUGUCCAUGACCUCCCUCCCGCUCUACAACAGACAGGUGGCUGACUCCUGUAUAGUGAGGGUCAGUGUGGAGGCUGGCAACGGCAACAUGUACAAGAGCAUCCUGGUGAGCUUGGAUUGGGAUCUGGGGGUAGGGACUAUCUUUGGGAUCUAGGCUGUUACGGAAAUGUUUUAAAAGGGAUAAUUUGUAUAGUACUCUAGCUCUGUACAUUAUAUUUGGUUAUGAUGAACUAAGAUAAGAACUGCCGUGCUGGUUACAUUUGUCAUUUAGCAGAUGCUCUUAUCCAGAGCGACUUAGUUAUUGCAUUCAUGUUAAGAUGGCUAGGUGAGACAACCACAUCACGGUCUUAGUAAGUAUAUUUUCCCUCAAUAAAGAUGUUAUCAGCAAAGUCAGUGCUAGUAAGAAAAGACAGGUGGGCGAGGCGGGAUAAGACUGACGUCUUAUUUAAGAUACUCUGGUUGGUUGAAGGGAGGUUUUGCAGCCAAACCCUUCUUGUCCUCAUUCUUUUACAGUAUGUUAACUGCUUUUUUGACUUAUGUGUCCUUCUCAGCUGACUAGUCAAGAAAAAACUGCCCAGGUGAUCCAGAGGGCCCUGGAAAAACACAACCUGGAGCACAUGACCUGCCAAGACUUCACCCUCACACAGGUGAUCUCCCGGGAAAGAGGUGAGUGCACGAUAAAUGCUCUUACACAGUACAUAUGCCCACUCAAAAACAGAGGCCACAUAGUUUGGCAUUAACUGUACUGAACUACAGUAGAAAUAUUACUGAAGAUAGUGUUGUCCUUGAAUGAUUGACGAGGACUUUAAUAGUGUACUUGUAUGUAAUAUUCUCCUUUCUCAUACCAACCCCCACGUCUUCUGUUUUUCAGAGUUACUCAUUCCGGACAAAGCUAACGUCUUCUACGCAAUGUCCACGUCUGCGAACUUUGACUUUGUUCUGCGCCAGUGUCCAAAGGGUCAAAAGAAACCACUGUGCGCUACUUCCAGCCUUGGAUGUUAUUCAAAGUAGACGCCAUUCUAUGGCAAUGAUGAGUAACUGCAACUCGAGCAAACCAAGGGGUGCCAUGAGAGCAACAGGUGGAAGAUAGUACUGUAUGAUGGCACUUUAUGAAAAUACACGUUGUGUAUACAUGUAUAUAGGUCUGAAGACAACAGCUUUGGGACUACAUUUUGAAACCUAUUAAACAGAAUUACCUUUUAUUUAUUGGUGGAGCGAACUCUACAUGAAUUUCACCAUUGAACACUCAACAUUCCCCAAAUACUUCCCUGAGGUGCUUUACUUCGUGGAAAGAAGGAGUCACAUGGCAUUGGAACAGCAUCAACAAUCAGCAGUGACUGUGAUGCUCUCUCCCUCUCUCACACAAAUAUUCAGACACGUAAUAGUUGUUUCCUAUUGUCUCCUCUCCUCUGAGCAAAACCAGUGACCUAUUUGUUUUAAUGAGAGAGAUGACUGACGUUUCCCAACAGGGAGAGACAACCUGUGAGCCUUAAAAGGGAAUGAGGUCAGAUGGUCGGUGAAGGGCAUGUGUAAUGGACAGGCCUCGGACAGCAGCUUUCCCAACAGGAGACAGCCUGCCCCUGCCACCUGAGAAGUGGAUGGGAAUGUUCUCACCGGGAUCACUAUGUUCCCCAGGGUAUCAGCCCGCCGUCAUGGCGAUACUGAUUGGGGCCUUGCGUGCGAAAGUAGUGGCUGCCCUGACUGGCUGGAUGGCAUUCCACAUUCAGUACAGUCAGCUGCUGUAG